UUUGCUCAUACCAUCUUCAUAUAUAUCCCUGAUCUUCAGAUCGGCCUUCUUAAUUUCUUGGUUUCUCUGUAUAAUCUAGAGUCGAUCGAUCCUGACAAAAGCAAGAAAUGGCAAAUUCAGGAUCCACUUGGACAGCCAAGCAAAACAAACUGUUCGAGAAUGCUCUGGCCAUGUAUGGCAAGGACACCGGCCCAGACCGCUGGCACAAUCUAGCCAGGGCAGUUGGGGGCAAAACCGUGGAGGAAGUGAAGAGGCAUUACGAGGUUCUUGUCGAAGAUGUCAGGCAGAUUGAGACUGGCCAAGUCCCCCUCCCCAAUUACAGAAAGAUCAGUACUACUACUGCAGCAACCAACAAAGGUUACAAUAAUUACAUGGAUGAAGAACAAAGGCUGAAGGGUCUGAAGCUCCAAUGAAGCCUGCAAAAUAAGAAGCCAAUGCCAAAAAAAAAAAAAAAAAAACAAAGGCAUUAUGUUUCUACAACUCUAUACAUAAAUGCAGUACUGCUAGUACUAGUACCACUCCAGGAAUAAAACCUGUGAUCUUAGACAUC